CCACCCUCCCCUCAACAAAUCUCCCUCCACUACAUCGGCGGAGCCUCCAAUACUCCCUCACCAACCCCCGCUCACACAUCUGAGAUCUGGCAAAAUGCAGAGCAGUUCGUUCACUCUCUCCAAUUCGAUUUCAAAUCUCAAGUCUCGUAAUCACCGAUUGAGUACUGGUUAUGCUCCGUUGCCCUUGAAAUCAUCGAUUACUUUUGGCUCCAUCAAUGGUUCAUCCACUCGUAGAUUGCCUUCAAUUCGCUGUUCCUCUUCACCUAGGAAGCUAGGUGAUUGGAUUUCAACUCCCUCGCCGGUUCCGGAGCGUGAAUCUGAUGGUUUCGAGGUUAAAGCUGCGUCGGUUCCUGAAAGUGCCGACGGCGCUGAGGCGGCGGCUGCGAGGAAGUCGAAGUUGGCUGAAACAAUUGUGCUAGGAUCAUUGUUUGGGCUUUGGUACCUUUUCAAUAUCUACUUUAAUAUCUAUAACAAGCAGGUUUUGAAAGUCUUCCCCAAUCCUAUAACUGUCACCACAGUUCAGUUUGCUGUUGGAAGUGUCAUUGUAUUUUUGAUGUGGACAUUAAAUCUUCACAAACGACCAAAAAUCAGUGGUGCACAGCUUCUAGCAAUCCUGCCACUGGCUAUGGUACACACCUUAGGCAAUCUUUUCACAAACAUGAGUCUUGGAAAAGUUGCUGUUUCAUUUACUCACACAAUCAAAGCCAUGGAGCCAUUUUUCUCAGUUGUGUUGUCUGCUAUGUUUCUAGGAGAGAUGCCAACACCAUGGGUGGUUACUUCCCUUUUACCUAUUGCUGGUGGAGUUGCUCUUGCCUCAAUGACUGAGGCCUCAUUCAAUUGGGCUGGAUUUUGGAGUGCAAUGGCAUCCAAUUUGUCAAAUCAAUCGCGUAAUGUCCUCAGCAAGAAAUUUAUGGUUAAGAAAGAGGAAUCAUUGGACAAUAUUACCCUCUUCUCAGUUAUAACAGUCAUGUCACUUUUCUUGUUGGCUCCUGUUACUUUCUUCACUGAAGGAGUUAGGGUUACUCCCGCGUAUCUGCAGGCUGCUGGGUUGAACGUGAAACAAGUGUACAUUAGGUCUCUUCUUGCUGCAAUCUGCUUCCAUGCAUAUCAGCAGGUUUCCUAUAUGAUUUUACAAAGGGUAUCUCCAGUGACACACUCUGUUGGCAACUGUGUGAAACGUGUGGUGGUGAUUGUGACAUCUGUUCUUUUCUUCCGAACACCUGUCUCACCUAUCAACUCCAUUGGGACCGGAGUUGCUCUUGCUGGAGUCUUCCUAUACUCGCAGGUGAAGCGCUUAAAGCCCAAAACCAAAACUGCUUGAACUUAAAUCCGAAUAAAAAAAAAAAAAAGAAAUGAGAUUUUUGGGUAAUAGCUUAUGUGUAUUUUAGAUGACAUUGUGUUUCGGGACAUAAAUCCUAUCUUCUUUUAAACCCUGAGUGCAUGUUUUCUUACAUUAUUGGUUUAGUACUAUUUUCAAAGCACAAUGUACAACCUUUUAUUGCAUUGAAAUUUGAAAAUCCCCCCCAUCA